UCUCCAGGCUCAGCACCUUAGCUCUCCUGCAGUCUACGCUUGAUUGUGGUCCUUUAGGACGUCACGAGAUGCAUGAACAAAGAUUUUGCUGCUGCAGCUGUUCCAUCCGCGGAGCCUGUUACUCUAUUGCUGGAGGGAAGCUGCUUAUUUUGUUAAACGAUGCGUUGUUGAUGUGGUAUAACCUCCUACUGGAAGGUGGCACCUGGACGAUGGUUCACUUCGUGAUGGUUAUCAUUGAGAUGCUCUUUUGUUUGAUUCUCUUGGUCGGCUUGAGACUCAGGCAGCGGAAACUGGUGCUGUCGUGGGUGUGGUCGUCCGCGUUGAUCCUGGUGGUGCAGGUGGUCAUCGGGGUGGUGCUAGUCGUGAAGACGCUUGCCAAGACCCGCUACCUCACCUGGCUCAUUCUCUACACGGCCGCUGACAUCUACAUGAUCUUCGUAGUCAGUUCCUACGGCAUGUUGAUGGAUCGUGACGAUCGGGAGAGACAGAGGCUAGAAGCAUGGGCACAGUUUGAACGCAGCCCGGAAAACCACUUAACGAACCGUCAGGAAACACAGGAGAGCGGAGACGCACAGGUUGACGACACUAUACAAAAAUGUGGAAGAGCUUGCGUAACGGAAGACUCUAACUGACCCUUCAGACACACACCAACACCGAAUUGAAAGCGAGAGAGUUCCCAUGAGAAGACGUGGCUGACCAAAGCUGCUUCUGAAGUUAUUAUGAGAAAACACUGCUGAAGUUUUACUUCAAGAAAGGGAAGUCAUAGCAGGAUCUUCGCUUCCUCAAUGGGUGCAAAUAAUGUGACUUGGUACCUUGUUUGUACGUUUUAAAUAAAUUUGUUAAAAGAUUAGCAUA